AUGGAUUUGAUACUGUUCGAACGGCAAGAAGCGGCUCUUUGUGCUCAGCACGCGUUGAAUAUGCUCAUACAGGAUUCAAUAUUUUCGCCGGAGCAGCUCUCCGUGAUUGCGCGGAGGCUCGACAUUGAGGAGAACAGCAUGCUCGAGCAGGGCGCCCAGAACGCUGUCAGCCAGAAUAUGACCGAUAGUGGAUAUUUUUCGAUACAGGUGAUAGCUGAAGCAUUGAAGGCGUUUGAUCUGGAAAUCCAUAAUAUUGAGCAUCCAUCGAUGGUGACAUACAAAUCGGAUCCAUUAAAAGCCAGAGCAUUUUUGUGCAAUCAUAACGAGCAUUGGUUUGUUCUACGAAAAUUUGGAAAUCAAUGGUUCGAAUUGAAUUCGAUCAAAAAUGGUCCGAAACUCCUUUCGGACACUUAUGUUGGAAUCCUUUUACAUCAGCUGAACGCCGAAGGAUAUUCGAUAUUCGUCGUCGUUGGUCAGCUUCCGGAAUCAUUAGCCGAUCAGGUGAUCGCUUUAUGUCCUGUCGAGCCGUCGCUUGUGAAAAAAUCGCCGCCGAAGGAGUCGAACAUGAUCCAGAAGUUGUUCGACUCGGUUGGAAGAAAGCUUGGAACAACGUCGAAUAUUUCUGCUGCCGAUCAGGAGGAAAAGGAUCUGGCGAUUGCGAUGGCGAUGUCAAUGGGGAAUGAGACGCCUUCCUCUGAUGAGGAUAUGGAAAUUGCCAUACGUGCGAGUAUCGCAGACUUUGUCAAACAGAACAUGGAGGCCGAACCGUCGACUAGUCAGCAACCUUCAACAAGCAACCAAGAUUUUUCGAGUUAUCAAGAAAAAAUCGAAGAAACUCCUAUUCUUUCAAAUAAAUCGAACGACGAUAAAGAUGAACUUGAUCAAGAGAAAUCUAUCGAAUCAAUUGAAAAGAAGGAUUAA